CGCUGGCGGUGAUAACACAGUGCGCAGAGUGGUGACCACGUGUGACCAUUACUACAGCACAAGAUGAAAACCUUCCUCUUAAGCGUCCUGCUGUUCGGAGUGUCGGUGUUGGCCAAGGACUGUGCCGUAAGGAACUACGGCGCCAGCAGCAUAGUGUGUGUCUGCAAUGCCACGUACUGCGACAAGAUAGAGCCCAUAAGUAAGGACUCCAUCUCUGGAGGACACUACACGCACUUCGUCUCCAGCAAGGCUGGCCUCAGGCUCAAACAAACUACGAACAAGUUCGUCCAAUCAGACUCUGCAUUGUCUCUUGAGGACACUCUGAAGCUGACGGUGCAGAGACACGUCCAGUACCAAGAGAUGCUGGGCUUCGGCGGAGCCAUCACCGACUCCACGGCCAUCAACAUCAAGAGCUUGAGCGACAAGGCUGAGGACAACCUCAUGCAGAGUUAUUUUGGCGAAGGUGGGUCGCAGUACACGAUUUUGAGAAAUCCUAUUGGAGCAUCUGACUUCGCCUUAAAAUACUACACCUACGAUGAUGUGACUAAUGACACAGAACUGAAGCACUUUGCUUUGCAUGAAGAAGAUUACAAGUAUAAGAUCCCAAUCAUCAAAAAGGCACGUCAGUUGAACAAGCGAGGGGUAAAACUCUUCGCGUCCGCCUGGUCCGCACCGUACUGGAUGAAGAAAAAUGGCACAGUCUAUGGCACAAGUCAUCUGUUGCCGGAAAACUACCAGCCAUGGGCCAAUUACUACGUCAAGUACUUCGACGCGUACGCCAAGGAGAAUGUGACUUACUGGGGAGUGACUGCCCAGAAUGAACCGACUCAAGGUAACAUCUUUCCCUCUGGAAUCAUCUCCAUGGGCUGGACCGCGGAGCAGCAGAGGGACUGGAUAGCGCAGCAUCUGGGUCCAACCCUGCACAAGGCAGGCUACGACUACCUCAAGCUGAUGAUCAUGGACGACAACAGACCAUUCCUUCCGAAGUGGGCCGAGACGGUGCUUGGCAACAAGACAACUAGCAACUAUGUGUCUGGAAUCGCUGUUCACUACUACUCGGAUACUGGCAGCGACCCGGCAAUCCUUACAAAAACACACCACGAGUUCCCAGACAGGUUCAUUCUCUACACUGAAGCAUGUGAUCUUCAUACCAUAUUCGUCAAAGAUCUGGGGAACUGGGAAAAGGGAGAACGUUAUGGCACCAGUAUUUUGCAGGCGAUUAACAACUGGGUCGUGGGCUGGACGGACUGGAACAUGGUGCUGAACCUCAGCGGAGGGCCCACGUGGACCGCCAAGCCAUACAACGCCCCGAUCAUCACCAACUCCACGGCAGACGAGUUCUACAAGCAGCCCAUGUACUACUUCCUGGCGCACUUCUCGUCCUUCGUGCCGCCCGGCUCCAAGCGCAUUGGACUCUCGGCCGAGGCUUCUGAUAUCCUGUCCACGGCCUUCCUCACCCCGGACCAGGAGACCGUCAUCGUGCUCAUGAACAGCAAUGACACAGCCAGGUCAGUGAUGAUCUCCGACAACAGCAGAGGGAGCAUUGCUGUCGAUGUUCAAGCCAGAAGCAUCCACACCAUCCUCUACAAGUAGAGUUGUCAGUGGCCUUCAAAAUUUGACUGGACGUAGUGUUUGAGAUAUAUAUCAUGUAAAGAAACCUUUUUAAAUCAAUUAUUUUUAAAGCAUUAACUGUAAUUUUGUAAUUUUUUGUCUUCUAUACAAAAAUUUAAAAAAUUAUACAAUAGCAAGAAGUAUGUUUUAAGGAAUUGUUCUUUAAAUGGUGCUGAAAUCAAUGAAAAUAAGAGCAUGUAACUAAACCA